AUGGGGCGUGGAGCUACUCACUUCCCCCCACACAGCUACUCACUUCCCCCCACACAGCUACUCACUUCCCCCCACCCAGCUACUCACUUCCCCCCACCCAGCUACUCACUUCCCCCCACACAGCUACUCACUUCCCCCCACACAGCUACUCACUUCCCCCCACCCAGCUACUCACUUCCCCCCACACAGCUACUCACUUCCCCCCACACAGCUACUCACUUCCCCCCACCCAGCUACUCACUUCCCCCCACCCAGCUACUCACUUCCCCCCACACAGCUACUCACUUCCCCCCACCCAGCUACUCACUUCCCCCCACACAGCUACUCACUUCCCCCCACCCAGCUACUCACUUCCCCCCACCCAGCUACUCACUUCCCCCCACACAGCUACUCACUUCCCCCCACCCAGCUACUCACUUCCCCCCACCCAGCUACUCACUUCCCCCCACACAGCUACUCACUUCCCCCCACACAGCUACUCACUUCCCCCCACCCAGCUACUCACUUCCCCCCACACAGCUACUCACUUCCCCCCACACAGCUACUCCCUUCCCCCCACACAGCUACUCACUUCCCCCCACACAGCUACUCACUUCCCCCCACCCAGCUACUCACUUCCCCCCACCCAGCUACUUACUUCCCCCCACCCAGCUACUCACUUCCCCCCACCCAGCUACUCAAUUCCCCCCACACAGCUACUCACUUCCCCCCACACAGCUACUCACUUCCCCCCACCCAGCUACUCACUUCCCCCCACACAGCUACUCACUUCCCCCCACACAGCUACUCACUUCCCCCCACACAGCUACUCACUUCCCCCCACACAGCUACUCACUUCCCCCCACCCAGCUACUCACUUCCCCCCACCCAGCUACUCACUUCCCCCCACCCAGCUACUUACUUCCCCCCACCCAGCUACUCACUUCCCCCCACACAGCUACUCACUUCCCCCCACCCAGCUACUCACUUCCCCCCACACAGCUACUCACUUCCCCCCACCCAGCUACUCACUUCCCCCCACACAGCUACUCACUUCCCCCCACCCAGCUACUCACUUCCCCCCACCCAGCUACUCACUUCCCCCCACACAGCUACUCACUUCCCCCCACACAGCUACUCACUUCCCCCCACACAGCUACUCACUUCCCCCCACACAGCUACUCACUUCCCCCCACCCAGCUACUCACUUCCCCCCACCCAGCUACUUACUUCCCCCCACCUAGCUACUCACUUCCCCCCACACAGCUACUCACUUCCCCCCACACAGCUACUCACUUCCCCCCACACAGCUACUCACUUCCCCCCACCCAGCUACUCACUUCCCCCCACACAGCUACUCACUUCCCCCCACACAGCUACUCACUUCCCCCCACACAGCUACUCACUUCCCCCCACACAGCUACUCACUUCCCCCCACCCAGCUACUCACUUCCCCCCACCCAGCUACUUACUUCCCCCCACCCAGCUACUCACUUCCCCCCACACAGCUACUCACUUCCCCCCACACAGCUACUCACUUCCCCCCACCCAGCUACUCACUUCCCCCCACACAGCUACUCACUUCCCCCCACCCAGCUACUCACUUCCCCCCACCCAGCUACUCACUUCCCCCCACACAGCUACUCACUUCCCCCCACCCAGCUACUCACUUCCCCCCACCCAGCUACUCACUUCCCCCCACACAGCUACUCACUUCCCCCCACACAGCUACUCACUUCCCCCCACCCAGCUACUCACUUCCCCCCACACAGCUACUCACUUCCCCCCACACAGCUACUCACUUCCCCCCACACAGCUACUCACUUCCCCCCACACAGCUACUCACUUCCCCCCACCCAGCUACUUACUUCCCCCCACACAGCUACUCACUUCCCCCCACCCAGCUACUCACUUCCCCCCACACAGCUACUCACUUCCCCCCACACAGCUACUCACUUCCCCCCACCCAGCUACUCACUUCCCCCCACCCAGCUACUUACUUCCCCCCACCCAGCUACUCACUUCCCCCCACCCAGCUACUCACUUCCCCCCACACAGCUACUCACUUCCCCCCACACAGCUACUCACUUCCCCCCAUCCAGCUACUCACUUCCCCCCACCCAGCUACUCACUUCCCCCCACACAGCUACUCACUUCCCCCCACACAGCUACUCACUUCCCCCCACCCAGCUACUCACUUCCCCCCACACAGCUACUCACUUCCCCCCACACAGCUACUCACUUCCCCCCACCCAGCUACUCACUUCCCCCCACCCAGCUACUCACUUCCCCCCACCCAGCUACUCACUUCCCCCCACCCAGCUACUUACUUCCCCCCACCUAGCUACUCACUUCCCCCCACCUAGCUACUCACUUCCCCCCACACAGCUACUCACUUCCCCCCACCCAGCUACUCACUUCCCCCCACCCAGCUACUCACUUCCCCCCACCCAGCUACUUACUUCCCCCCACCUAGCUACUCACUUCCCCCCACCCAGCUACUCACUUCCCCCCACCCAGCUACUUACUUCCCCCCACCUAGCUACUCACUUCCCCCCACACAGCUACUCACUUCCCCCCACACAGCUACUCACUUCCCCCCACACAGCUACUCACUUCCCCCCACCCAGCUACUCACUUCCCCCCACCCAGCUACUCACUUCCCCCCACACAGCUACUCACUUCCCCCCACACAGCUACUCACUUCCCCCCACCCAGCUACUCACUUCCCCCCACCCAGCUACUCACUUCCCCCCACACAGCUACUCACUUCCCCCCACACAGCUACUCACUUCCCCCCACACAGCUACUCACUUCCCCCCACCCAGCUACUCACUUCCCCCCACCCAGCUACUCACUUCCCCCCACCCAGCUACUUACUUCCCCCCACCUAGCUACUCACUUCCCCCCACACAGCUACUCACUUCCCCCCACACAGCUACUCACUUCCCCCCACCCAGCUACUCACUUCCCCCCACCCAGCUACUCACUUCCCCCCACCCAGCUACUUACUUCCCCCCACCUAGCUACUCACUUCCCCCCACCCAGCUACUCACUUCCCCCCACCCAGCUACUUACUUCCCCCCACCUAGCUACUCACUUCCCCCCACACAGCUACUCACUUCCCCCCACACAGCUACUCACUUCCCCCCACACAGCUACUCACUUCCCCCCACCCAGCUACUCACUUCCCCCCACACAGCUACUCACUUCCCCCCACACAGCUACUCACUUCCCCCCACCCAGCUACUCACUUCCCCCCACACAGCUACUCACUUCCCCCCACCCAGCUACUCACUUCCCCCCACCCAGCUAGUUACUUCCCCCCACCCAGCUACUCACUUCCCCCCACACAGCUACUCACUUCCCCCCACACAGCUACUCACUUCCCCCCACCCAGCUACUCACUUCCCCCCACACAGCUACUCACUUCCCCCCACCCAGCUACUCACUUCCCCCCACCCAGCUACUCACUUCCCCCCACACAGCUACUCACUUCCCCCCACCCAGCUACUCACUUCCCCCCACCCAGCUACUCACUUCCCCCCACACAGCUACUCACUUCCCCCCACACAGCUACUCACUUCCCCCCACCCAGCUACUCACUUCCCCCCACACAGCUACUCACUUCCCCCCACACAGCUACUCACUUCCCCCCACACAGCUACUCACUUCCCCCCACCCAGCUGA